UUCGAUGCUGGGUGAAAAUCCAUCAGAGGAAACACAGCCACAGCCAGCAACAGUUCAAGAUUCCGAAUCAGUUAACGUUUCGCGACGCGACGCGUGAAUACAUAAAAUAAAUUACAAACAAAAAGAAAAGAAAAGCUAAACAAGCCAUAAAAGCAGAGGGGCUCCUUGCCAAAUAAGACAAUUCGAAAGCCCACGCGAAGCAUCCAAUAUCUCGAUCGUCAUAAAUCAAUCCGUCGAGUGUGCGUUCGAGUGCCGCAGAUCCCACGAAAUUAGAGGCAAUUACCACUGAUAAGAAUGAUGAAAGCCACAGCGUGGUUUUGUCCGGUGUUAUUAACUUUACUGUGUGCCACAAGGCUCGUCUGCACGGCCCAAAGAGGAGCUGGUGGCGCUGGAGGAGCAGGUGGAGCUGCAGGAGGAUCAGCAGCGACAGCGGGUGGAGCAGAGGUCGGCGGAAGCGGCCGCACAAACGGAUAUCCUCUGGACUACCCGGAUGGAACACGGAACACACAGGAUGACUUUCUGCUGGCCAAGAGGAACAAACCAUCGCUGUCCAUUGUCAAUCCGCUGGAUGUGCUGCGUCAGCGGCUGCUCCUGGAAAUCGCACGCAGGCAAAUGAAGGAGAACUCCCGCCAGGUCGAACUGAAUCGCGCCAUCCUGAAGAACGUGGGCAAGAGGGUGCGAGGCGGAGGAGCGGGAGCAGGAGGAUUAGCUCCCAAGGUGAGCAGGCGCUACCGCCAGCAGUGGCCAGCAGUGGAGCGGGAACUGGAGCGGGAAAGGCAGUGGGAGGCAGUUCCUGAGGAGCAGCUGGACCGUCAACAGCUGCUGCCCUGGAAGCAGCAUUUCCCCAGCCAACUGUGGAGCUACGGAUGGGCCCAGUCGCCAGUCGCGUACAAGGAGUCGUCACAGUCACAGUUCGUGGACUCCCAGCAAUCAGCCCCAACUGGACCACAGUCCCAGGCACUCCCAAAGCAGUUGCAGCUGCAGCUGCUCAGCUAUGCGAAGAAGCCACUGGACGUGGCCGGAAUGGGUCUGGCCAGGCAUCGGGUCAGCGGAAAUGAAGCCAACGAAACGAAUCACGAGAACGACGAUGGCAAUGGCAAUGGCAAUGGCAAUGGGGCCAGUAAAAACCCGGCGAGAUAUGUGGUGGAUGACGACGACGAGGGCGAGGAUAGCUACAAUGACGUGGGACCCGAGGGUGUGGGUCUGGGUCUGGGUGGACUGGGUGUGGGACUGGGAUUGGGAUUGGGUCUGGAGCGGUUCGAGGUGCUGGACGACAAGCCCAACUGGGCCAACGAGGAACCGAACGAGGUGAUGGUGGUUAAUGCAAAUGAACGCGUGCCCUGGUCCUUUCCCUAUCGCUUUCACAAAAGUCAGCAUAAUGUUAAUUAAGUAGGUGGGGAUUGAGAUGCAAACACAGAUAUAAAGAUACAGAUACAGAUGCAGACACAGAUACAGAUGGAGAUACAAAUACAGAUACAGAUAUAUGUAAUACCGAUACCGAUACGGAUACGAAUACGAUGCGAUAGGGGCACCCAGCGGCUUCCCAGUGCUGCAGGGUUAUUAAUGCAAAUCGACGGUUCCUAAUGGCUGGCUACAAGGCAGGCAUGUUGUGUGUGCACAUACUCCCUUGAUGACAAGAUGACAAACUUACUCCCACGUUGCUAGAUGUACUCGCAUUUGAACUCUAUUUUAUCGAAAAUAACCAACGGUGUAUGUAACGAUUUAUGCUACCUCUCUCACAGAUACUGUUGAAAAUAAACGCCCCCGAUUAAUGUGAAACAUACUAUACCCAUUACCCCAUGCAACAUGCUAUAUACCACAUACUCGUACUACAUAUGUAGUACGAGUACUAGACCCUUUACUAGAGAUCGAAUGAGCCGAAACUUUUGCUAAUACACCGAUGCUGCUAUGGAUUAUAAUCGUAAUUGCAUGCAUGCGUAUUUGAUAGUGAUCUAUGUGUAAUUUAAAUAAUUCUUUUUAACGGUCGACGUUAAUUAAUCAAUCGCAUGCAAUAUUGACUAGUCAAAUGGGAUUUUCUCGUUUUUAUCCACAUAAGCAACUCUUGUUUACCAACUAUUACCGCUAAAAAAAACAAUUAAUUGUGGUUUACAUUCUCCGCGGGCGGAAAUCGGUUUUUACGUUCAUUGCGUUUGCUUCGUUGUGCAAAAAACAAAAUGCUCAAAUAGAAUUAGCAUAGUGCCGAAAGUACUGUUCACACGCUCCUUUCGUUAAAGCCGCAUUGCUGCAUUUGGUCACUAUUGAAAUUGCGUUGUCGAGGGGUUCAAGUUUUAAGCUAUCCAGCGACAAAUGGUUCCAAAUCAUACGAGUAAAGAAUAACGAAUAACGAAUUACGAAUAAUAAUAAAUAACGAUUUUAAAGUAGUUCAAAAGCAGAAAUAUUACCCAAGCAAGUACUUCGAUACAUGAAUACGCCACGUGUUGUGUAAAUUAACAAGGAAUUUACCGAGCAAAUUAACCAUUUAAACGUU